AUGGCUUCCAUCAUCGCCCCGAAGAUGGCUUUCCGUGCUUUUCGAGCUGCCCCGAAGGCUGCCCCCUGGGCCAGUCUCAAUGCCCAGCUGCCUCUGGCUCAGCCUGCUUUCCGCCGUUUCUUUGCGGCGCCCGCCCAGGAGCAGCCACGCCUGCGUCUGGGCUCGACCGCUCCCAACUUCAAGGCUCUGACCACCAAGGGCGAGAUCGACUUCCACCAGUUCAUCGGCGACAGCUGGACCGUCCUCUUCUCUCACCCGGCCGAUUUCACUCCCGUUUGCACCACCGAGCUGGGUGCCUUUGCGAAGAUGAAGGGCGAGUUUGAGAAGCGCGGUGUCAAGAUGAUUGGUCUGAGCGCCAAUGACCUCGGCUCUCACGACGAAUGGAUCAAGGACAUCAACGAAGUCUCCUCGACCGACCUGCAGUUCCCCAUAAUUGCCGAUGCCGACCGUAGGGUCGCCUUUCUGUACGACAUGGUCGACCAGCAGGACCUAGACAACAUUGACAAGAAGGGCAUCGCAUUCACCAUCCGCUCCGUCUUCGUCAUCGACCCGAGCAAGAAGAUCCGUCUGACCAUGAUGUACCCCGCGUCGACCGGUCGCAACUCUGCCGAGGUGCUGCGCGUCAUCGACUCUCUGCAGACUGGCGACAAGAAGGGUGUCACCACCCCGAUCGACUGGCAGGCCGGCGACGAUGUGAUCGUGCCCCCUCGGUCACCACCGCGGAUGCGAAGAAGAAGUUUGGCGAGGUCCGCGAGGUCAAGCCCUACCUGCGAUACACUAAGAUCUAAAAUGUACACAAAUAGCCCAUGUAAAAACAGAGCAAUCGAAGAUAAUCGACAUUUCCACGCGACAGGUCACAUGCGUGGGCUGGUCGAUCGUGAUCAUAAAGGCUUUCGUGCUACAUGGAGUAGGGAUCGGGUAUACCUCGGUCGUCUGCCGGAUGUCAACCAUAGACCCGUCGACGCUAUUCUUAUUUUCCGUGCGGUGCUGCAUGGAAGCCCCUGA